AGAUAAACAGUUCCCAGUGAACUUUCUCCUUCAGUUUUUCUACUCCUGCUGCAGCAAAACAUCUCCACAGGAUGUCCGUCUUGCUGAGCACGUGACUUCCGGUGUCCCAACAGAAAGAAAAGGGGAAGCAACAUGGACGCUGGCCGCGACAGCAAACGAGCGCGCUACAAAUACAUCGCUCAUGUUGUAGCAGGAAGUAUUGGGGUUAUACUAGGCAUAUCCGCCUGCUGUUUGUUCUAUUCAAAGUACAAUAACUAUAAGGUUGGAUCACUAGCCCUUGUGUCUUCCUUAUUCGCGUUAGUCUUCCUCCAUCUGGCUAUCUCAUUACGUAAUGAUCAUAGAAGAGAGUUCACAAGGAGAAAAUUUAGCAUUUACAUGGUUAUCGGAGUGGUUGGGACGAUAGCAGGCGUCGUAUCAAUGGUAGUUUAUGGAGUGCUUGGAGCAAAACACCACGAGAAAGGAGUUGACCUGCAUGGAUAUUACCUUGGGACUGUCUGGGGUUUCAUGACAUUCAAAUGGGGCCUUGCAACAUUUUUCUCAGCAUGGAGAAGCUACAAGAGCUACCUAAGUGCUGAUGACUGUACUAUGAUUGUGAAUACAUGAGAUAGAUUUCAAACCAACCAAACUCUUCUCUGAAGAUUAGUUUAUGAAUGAAUGGAAAAUGAAAGAAUUGUUUGGAGACACAAGAUAAAAAGGGGUAUGCAUGGAUAAAGAAGAUUAACAAACAAUUAACAAAAUAAGAACAGAUUGAAUAAAACCCAUUUGAAUUUUGCCCCCAAAA